ACCGUCACAGCUGCAUCCGGUUGCGCUCUUUGCACAGAAGACGUUUGCAGCUUUUCUUCUGUGGCUUUCUGUACCGCUAACCUACCUCAGAGCGAGCCGAGGACUCGUCGUGUUAUCGGGUGGAUUGACGUCUCGUUUAACAACAUGGUGCCAUUAAAGAGAAGGAAAGUCGUCUCUUCCGGUGCUGGGAGCGAUGACGUCACGUCACCCACCAGGUUCCCUCAGGUGGUUUUGUUUCUGCUGGAGAGGAAGAUGGGAGCCAGUCGAAGAGCUUUCCUCUCUCAGCUCGGAGGAAAGAACGGAUUCCAGGUGGAGGAGCAGUGCAGUGAGAGAGUCACACACGUGAUCUGUGAGAAUAACUCCGGUGAGGAGGUCAGAAGGUGGCUGGAGUCUCAGGUCGGAGGUCGAGGCCGAUCACCUGCUCACCUGCUGGACGUCAGCUGGUUCACAGAGAGCAUGCGGGCGGGACGUCCCGUUGAAAUACUGGACAGACACAAACUACAGGAGCAGCAGAUUAAUGAAGUGGAGGUUGAGGCCUUUUCAACACCGAGCUACGCCUGUCAGAGACGGACCACUCUGGACAACCACAACGCCGUCCUCACCGACGCGUUGUCGCUGUUGGCUGAAAACGCUGAGCUCAGCGACGAGGACGGACGAGGCGUCGCAUUUCGACGAGCCGCCGCCGUGUUGAAGUUUCUCCCCGAACCCGUGACGGGUUUGACGCAGCUCAGAGGUCUCCCGUGUCUCGGAGGACAUUCGCUCAGAGUCAUCAAAGACGUUUUGGAGAACGGAGCGUCGAGUGAAGUCGAAGCUACGAAGCAGUCCGAGCGGUUUAAAGCGCUGAAGGUUUUAACAGGUAUUUUUGGAGUUGGAGUGAAAACAGCCGAGCGGUGGAUCAGAGAGGGGAUCGUCAGCCUCCAGCAGCUGCAGCAUUCAGAGCAAACGCUCAAUCGAGCUCAACAAGCAGGUCUGCGGCACUACGAAGACCUCAACCAGCCCGUCACGAGGGCCGAGGCCGACGCCGUCGCCGCCGUCGUGGAGGAAGCCGUCGCGUCCGUGCUGCCGGGGGCUCGGAUGAGUCUGAUUGGAGGAUUCAGGAGAGGGAAGCUGACGGGCCAUGACGUUGACUUCCUGAUGACGCACCCGGAGGAGGGCAGAGAGGUGGGGCUGAUGCCUAAAGUCGUCUCCUGGUUGGACUCUCAGGGUUUCCUCUUGUACCAGAAAACCACCAGAAACUCUUACCUGGAGGCUAAGGAUGGUGCUGCCCGGCCCUCCUCCAACAUGGACCGCUUCGAGAGGUGUUUCUCCGUCUUCAAACUGCCCGAGGAGGUGAGACGAGGAGCCGAGGAGGCGAGGCGAGGAGCCGAGGAGGCGAGACGAGGAGCCGAGGAGACGGAGCUGUGCAGCAGUCCUGCAGCCGCGUCGCAGGUCAAAGGUGAAGGACCGAAGCCGUGGAGAGCUGUGAGAGUGGACCUGGUGGUUUCUCCCAUCAGCCAGUUUGCUUUCGCUCUGCUGGGCUGGACCGGGUCCAAGCUGUUCGAGAGAGAGCUGCGACGCUGGGCGGAUCACGAGAAGGCCAUGUCUCUGAGCAGCCACGCUCUGUACGAUAACAAUCAGAGCAGAUACCUGAGAGCUUCGUCAGAGGAGGAGAUAUUCGCUCAUCUUGGUCUGGAGUACGUUCCUCCGUCAGAGAGAAACGCCUGAACACACCUGAUGAGGACCGAGCAGGUACAGGAAGCGUAACGUAACAACACGUACGUGUCCGCUCAUCAUCCCGGAUGAAUAUUUACUCACAAAUCAACAAGUUUAAAAGUUUAUUCGACAACCAAAACAAAUCGCAUGUUUUAAACUAUCAGACUCAUUUUAAACUCUUUAAUGAAGUAAUUAUAUUAUCUAAGUAUAUAAGUAAAAGGAACACGUAAUCCAUUAGUUUGUGGAUGUUUUGAAGCCUCGAGUUCGGCGAUUUGGCCGUCGCCAUCUUGGAU